CGAUUCAGAAAGAAAGAAAGAAAAGGAUACCAGAGAAGGAACCGAGAGACAAAAUGCAGUGCGCUGUGGCUGUAGCGAGCUCUCCCGUGUUCUCACCGUCCAGGGUUUCUUCAGUCUUCUGCAAAUCAUCGGUUUCGUCUCCCGACCUUCGGAAGCUUAAUCUCCUCCGCUCUCCGCCACCGUUGACACCCUCAUCGUCACUGUCGUUGCCGGCGUCUCCGAGGCUACACAAGCAGGAAAUUGUGCACAAGGAAUUUCAGGAGGGGUUGUCGGUCGCGCCAACUACGGCUUCGAAACGGAAGAGGCCGGCGAAGUUGAGUAUUCCGAUGGUUCCGGCGUGUUGCUUCGCGGUUGAUUCCCCGGCGAGAGUGGAGAGGUUGGAUGAGGUGGAGGUUGAGGGGGAAGGAUACUCGGUGUAUUGUAAGAGAGGGAGGAGGGCUGCCAUGGAGGAUCGCUACUCGGCUGAUGUUGAUCUCGGAGGAGAUUCUAAACAGGCUUUCUUUGGUGUUUUUGAUGGGCAUGGAGGAGCAAAAGCUGCUGAUUUUGCAGCAAAAAACAUUACUAAGAAUGUGAUGGCUGAAGUGACAAAGAAAGGGGAUGAAGGAAUCGAGGUGGCAAUAAAAAAUGGUUACCUGGCCACUGAUGCAGAGUUUUUGAAGGAAGAUGUUAGUGGUGGUUCUUGCUGUGUGACUGCAUUGAUUCGGGAAGGUGAACUUCACGUCUCAAAUGCAGGUGAUUGUCGUGCUGUUAUGAGCAGAGGAGGAAUUGCUGAAGCCCUCACAUCUGAUCACCGACCUUCAAGGGAAGAUGAAAUGGAUAGGAUUCAAACUCUGGGUGGAUAUGUGGACCGUUGCCGUGGUGUUUGGAGAAUACAGGGCUCUCUUGCUGUGUCAAGAGGAAUUGGAGACAGAAAUCUUAAACAAUGGGUAACAGCAGAACCAGAGACAAAAAGUUUAAAGAUAAAACCCGAAUGCGAGUUCUUAAUCCUAGCUUCUGAUGGCCUAUGGGACAAGGUUACAAAUCAGGAAGCAGUAGAUGUAGUCCGGCCUUUAUGCAUAGGAGUUGAUAAGCCAGAGCCAUUUUCUGCUUGUAAAAAUCUUGCUCGCCUGGCAAUAAGGAGAGGCUCCACGGAUGAUAUAAGUGUGAUGGUAAUCCAGUUAGGUCACUUCCUUUCAUGAUUCAUCCUAAGAGGAAGGAAAUUCAGAGGAGGACAAGUUGAUUUUGUUUUGCCUUGGAAGCUAGGAAGGUAGGAAUUUUAUUGAUGUUCCUCGCCAUCCUGGAGCUGUUACCAGUAACGGUAAUGGUGGUGGUUUUGCAGCGAUAAUGACCAUGUACUAACAGCCUUCGAUUGUGAAAUUGUCAAAGCCGCCAUGGGUAGUUUUUGAAAUAACUGUAAAUCAUCCCCAUUCCAAGUGAAUGGAUUACUAGUAAUUAUUAACUUACCUAGAAACACUUAUUGAAUCAAAUUUUGAAUUAUUUGCAUGAUAAAUGCUUGUGUAUCCACCAGGGUGAAUGUUGUUUUAUAGUCAUUUGUAUUCUUUGCUUUUGAUGUGCACUUUCUGUUUCUACCCUUCAGGCCAUUGAAUAGAUUCAAGAAACAGAAUUUGUUUGGAUAUGGCCACUAGAAGAAGAAUUGGCUGUCUCUUGA